GAAGAAACUAAUGGCCAUAUAAAUAGUUUUCCUUGCUGUUUCAUUGGAGUUCAAACGAGCGGAAGAAGAAGGCAAACAAAGCGAAGGCAGCUGGGUAAUGAGUGCGGCACGGGAGGAGGCCAUCGGUGGAACUCUUGCACAGAUCGAUUACUCCUGCCUGUUCUCCGAGUAAAGAUGGAUGCCUGUCGAAAUAGGUUGUGAGUGUGGAGCAGGAGGAGGAGGAGGAGCAGGUCUGCGCUCGGCCCGCAUCACGUUUCCCAGUGGCUGGCUGGCAUCUGUGCGGCUAACCGGGGCUCCCCUCCUGCUGCAGCCUGCAGCCCAGCGCUGGCCGAUGCUUGCUGCGCUGCAGCAUGACCACAGCAGCGUCCGCUCAUCUGGUGGAUCUGGCAAAUGAAAAUGGAGGAGCUUUCGGUGUCCAGCCUGGACAACAGCAAGCUGGAGGCCCUGGCUCAGGACAUCCUGUCUGACCUGGUGGAGGACGCGUGCCUGGGGCUUUGCUUUGAGGUCCACCGGGCUGUGAAGCAGGGCUACUUCUUCCUGGAUGACACGGACCAAGAAAGCAUGAGGGACUUCGAAAUCGUGGACCAGCCGGGACUGGACGUGUUCGGCCAGGUGUACAACCAGUGGAAGAACAAAGAGUGCGUGUGUCCCAACUGCAGCCGGAGCAUCGCGGCGUCGCGCUUCGCCCCGCACCUGGAGAAAUGCCUCGGGAUGGGACGCAACAGCAGCCGCAUAGCGAACCGCAGAAUAGUCACCGGUAACAACACCAACAACAAGUCAGAGAGCGACCAGGAGGAUAAUGACGACGUCAACGACAACGACUGGUCCUACGGGGCGGAAAAGAAAGCAAAGAAAAGAAAGUCAGAUAAGAAUCCAAAUUCACCAAGAAGAUCCAAAUCAUUCAAGCAUAAAAGCAGUACGGCCAGUAAGACCAACCAAGACAACGAAGCUCAUGCACCGCCCAAAGACUCGUACAUUGCCUCUUCAAGGCCUGUGGGCAUGAUGGGGCCUAGACGUCGCGUGGAAAACCAGGAGAGUCCCCGCAUGCUGAUGAAGGACGAGGCUUUCUCUCAGUAACGCACUUGGCCGCAAACACACCUUCUUGAACUGUGUGAAUGGACGCACGGGCAGAGAGCGCGAGGCGAGGCCGCGGCGCUUCGGCUUCGGCUCGUUCUGCUGUCCAAGCAGCUGACGUUGACGUUGCCGGUGACGCGUGCGGUCCUCGCUGCUCUGCGGAAGCAAUCCUGAGCUCCCACUUUGUUCUUGGUGGAUUGGUUUUAGUUUUAAUCACAGAAUCAUUGAACCAGACAAGAUUUUCGCCAUUAUUUUUCAUUUAGUUAAAAAAAAAAAAAAAAUUAAAUUCUAAUUAAUAUCAUGUCUAAUUUUUUUUCUCUGCACAGAUAAAGGAUCUGAGAACGAGUCAGUGGCUGAGCAUAGACAGCCUCGUUUGGUGCAACAGUCAUCGCACACAGUAUUUUAUUUCGUAAGACAGAAAAGAUCACGCAGUAGGUCAGCUGACAUCUCUUUUUAUUUUUUUUUUAAGAAAAGUGAAUUAUGUGAAAACUAGUGUCAAAGACAAUCGUUGAAAAUGGUUUGUCUUUUGUUUUCGCAUUGACCGCCGGGGUUGUAGUUUAGCAGCUCUGUUGCUCACCUGAGGAAACUGGUUUUGAAACGUUCAGGAAACGAACCUCUGAUUUCCGCCAGCAGGCAGGUGGCCUGCAGGAAGCGGGUUUCUUUUGGUGUAUAGACUCAGCUUGUUUUCUAGCAUACAAAUAAUGUCUUUGUAUUACGUUUACAUUGUAAAGGGUCACAUAUGUCCUUGGUGUGAUGUGAUAGUGUAAAUAUUCUAAUAGUUGAAUUUGCUGCUGCCAUGGCUCGGUUUGUUUUCAUCUGUCUACCGUAAUAAAUGAUUUGUUACCUGUCA